AUGAAAGGGAAAGGAAAGACCACAGAAAAUAAAGCCCAGGGGAAUAAGAAGAGAGAAAGAGAGAAAAGGAAAAUGAAUUUAUUGCUGAGAAAAGUUUCUCUCCUUAGUCCUCUAGGUCAAGAAAUCAGACAUGGCACAGAGCAUGGAAAGGAGGUAACAGCUCAGUGUGUGGUCCUGGAGAAGCAGGACUUCAGUCUAAUGGGAACACGAGCCCCUGCAGUGAUGGCUUCCGCCCUGGUGUGUUUCAUGCAGCUUCCUUGGGCAAGAUGUGAGGAGAACUGUGUCAGUCCUGCGCAUUGCCUGACCACAGAUUGGGUACAUCUCUGGUAUAUAUGGUUGCUGGUGGUGAUUGGCGCUUUGCUUCUACUAUGUGGCUUGACUUCUGUGUGUUUCCGCUGCUGCCUGAGUCGCCAGCAAAAUGGAGAAGACGAGGACCGGCCACCGUAUGAAGUGACAGUCAUAGCUUUUGAUCAUGACAGCACUCUCCAAAGCACAAUCACUUCCCUGCAGUCAGCAUUUGGCCCCGCGGCUCGGAGAAUUCUGGCAGUGGCUCACUCUCACAGCUCCCUGGGCCAGCUGCCCUCAUCUUUGGACACCCUCCCCGGGUAUGAGGAAGCUCUUCACAUGAGUCGCUUCACCGUCGCAAGAUGUGGGCAGAAAGCACCUGAUCUGCCCCCGGUGCCAGAAGAAAAGCAGCUGCCUCCAAUGGAGAAAGAGGUUCCUCAAGUAGAACACUCUUCAAAUUGAUGGGAACUCUAGUUUUAUAAGUGGGGUGAGGGUGUCCCCAGAAUUGGUAAAGAUAGACAAAUGGAGCAAUUUUUUCUAACUUUCAGAAGAUUUAGGAUGACAUCUAAACAUCAUUUGGUGGAAAAGAUGGGUUCCAACUCUUUAUUUCCAGCCUCAUGUAUUUUCUGAUAUGGAAUGCUCUAAUAGAGAACUCUCAUCUUUAUCCAAUAGCCAAAAUUUGCAACUAACUUCUAGCAAUGCUGAUUACUACUGAACCAGGAAAGCAUCAAAGGUCUCUUCAAAUUCCUUCAGCUCUUGAGUUCCUUUACGCAUAUGAUACUGCAAGUUGCUCUUCUCUGCCAGCUAAUAGAUAAUAAUACACUCAAGGAGGAAGACAGCCAUAAAUAUAAUUCACCAAAUUCACACUUCCUCUUGAGAGAACACCCACUUUUAUACUGAAUGACAAUGAUAAUCUUGGACAUCAUGUAAUACGUAACUGGACAUCCAGAAUCCAGGGGUGGGAUUGCAGGUGUGGGCUAGGAGAGCACAGUACAGUAUUGAAGCGCAAAAUAUCAACGGCUUUUUUUCACUCCCGUUCUACCCACCAGUGGUGUGAGAAACUGCAUAGAGUUUUAUUCGUUUUUCAGUUCCUCUGCCCUAUGAACACACACACACACACACACACACACACACACACACACACACUUUUCUAACUGAAAGAAUAGCAUUGCUUUGCUUUUUUUCCUCCUUCCUGCUUUGACCACUUAAAAUCAACUGUCUGCAGUGACAAACACUAGUCUCUAGUGGUGGGCUUUACUGCCACCUAGUGGACUCGAUGGAAAAUGCAUUCUCCUAUUUGAGCCUAUCCACACACCUCUCCAGUUCCUGCCGCGUUAAGUGAACUAAGCCUGAGUGAAACCCUUUCCUAGGCACCAUCCAGCUGUGUGACACUAAGCUGUCCACCUAACACACUACCUCCAAAAUGUACUGCUAUUGGAAAAUUGAGGAAGUAAAGAAUAUUUGGGGAAAAACUACUCAGUAGUGUCCUUAGAUAAGUCACUGAAAUCUUCAAAGCACAGUUUUCUCAUCUGUAAGAUAGGCGAUAAUAACACCUCACAAGAUUGUUGUGAAGAUAAAAUAAGCUAAGUAUAUAUGACAAGAUUUGUAAAGUAUUAUGCACAUGUAUUUGUUAUUCUUGGUAUGGACAUUUAAUUUUCA